UCUAUCCGCGUCAGGGCCCUCUCACCUUCUCUUUCCAUUUCUCUCUCCUCUGGAGAAAGAAAAAAAAAAAUAAAGAAACCCACCGCGUAAUGGAGCCGCCGCAACCCGCCGUUCCGCCGCUCUCCCCCGCCGUCCCCGCCACGGCAACGGCCCCUCACAACUACCCGGAUUCGGUGGACUCCUCCCCCCGCUCCCGCAACGCCGAUUCUCUCGACGAGCCGCUGUUUCCGGCUGCCGCGGGCGGCGGCGGAGGGAAGCUGCGGCUGAUGUGCAGCUACGGCGGCCACAUCGUCCCCCGCCCCCACGAUAAGUCCCUCUGCUACGUCGGCGGAGACACCCGCAUCGUCGUCGCCGACCGCCACGCUUCCCUGGCCGACCUCACUAGUCGCCUGUCCAAGACCCUCCUCAACGGCCAGUGCUUUACGCUCAAGUAUCAGCUGCCCAGCGAAGAUCUCGACUCCUUGAUUUCCGUCACCACCGACGAAGACCUGGAGAACAUGGUCGAAGAGUACGAUCGCCUCGCCGCCACCGCCGCCGCCGCCAACAAGAAGUCGUCUCGCAUCCGGCUGUUCCUCUUCCCGGCCAAGCCCGACUCGGCGUCGUCAAUUGGGUCUCUCCUCGAGAACUCCGCCCAGUCCGAGGACUGGUUCCUUAACGCCCUCAACGGCGCCACCGGCCGGUUCUCGGAGUCUCCAUCGGUGAACUCCUUACUGGGUGUAAACGACGACGUUGCGGCCACUGGCGAUCCAAGCGUGAAGGACGUGGAGGCACAGCUCGAAUCGUAUGGGAAUGUAAAGGGGAAGCUAGGAGCGGGUCAGGAUGUUCAUUCGGUGCCCGAUUCGCCGAUUCUGGAGACGACUUCGUCUUUCGGGUCGACUUCGUCGUCGCCUUCUCUCGCCAACUUGCCGCCGAUUCGGGUCCACCCGGACGAUCAGAAGCUGGCGCCGGCAGUGGCCGGAAUUGAGGAACAGUUCUCUCAGAUGGGCGUUGGGCCUGCUUUCCAGACCACUUUUGCGGCGGCGCCGGCGUCGGUUGCUACACAAGGUUUUGGAUUGGUAUCCGCCGGGAUUCCCGUCGAGUUUUCGAACCGGGUUUUCUCCGAUGAUGAGAGAUUAGAGCAGGGGAUGCCUAUUGGGUACCGGAGACAGCCUCAAGCGCCACAACAGCCGCCCCCAAAACCAACUAUUGCUGUUGAUAUGACUUCGCCGGAUUCAGUUUCAAGCGACAGUAGUGCAAAUCCGUUAUCUCGGCAAAGACCCCUAGUUUAUCAGGACCCAAUUGUUCAAAACCCCUCUGUGAACAACACUAGGGGUGGUCCCAACCCUAUUGAUCCAAAGUUGUCCGAUCCAAACACUAGGGUUCAGAUGCAGCAAAUUCAGGAUUCUGGUUAUGUAUUGACAGCCCAAUUUGAUCAACAAAAUCAGCAAUUGAACCCCCAACAAUUGAAUCCCCCACAGCAGCAGCAUUUCAUUCAAGCUGGCACUCACUAUAUUCACCAACACCCUACUGGGGCAGUGCCUAUCCAAUCUUACUACCACCCCAUGUACCCGCCCCAGCAACAGCCUCUCCAUCCGCUCAAUCAGCAGUACCCGGUUUACUACAUGUCUGCUAAACAAGCCCCCCAAGCUUAUAACUUGCCUGUCCAGCAACAGAGCUAUGGCGAAGCCGCUACUGUCACCACCACCCCUUCUAGCCAGCCCCAAGCACAGCAGUCUGCUGGCAUGAUGCCUCCCCCUGCGGCUUACAACACCAUAAGAAAUGCUCCCGCUCCUAAACCCGAAAUGCAAGCAGGCAUGUAUAGAACCGGAACUGCAGUUCAAGUACCUUCUGGCCAACAUCAGCAACAAUAUGUUGGUUUCUCUCAGAUUCAUCAUCCGUCUCAGUCCAUGGCGCCCACUUCGGUUGCUGUUGGGAAUUAUGGUUAUGAGUUUGCUGAGCCUGGACAUGCCCAGAUGUAUUACACUCAGGCUCUGCCACCCCAAUUGGCUGCCCAAUAUCAAACUUUGGCAUCGGGCCCUGCAUUGGAAGCUUCUGCUCAGCUUCCAACAGACACUGUCAAGCAGCAGAUUAAGACUUCACAGCCAUGACAGGUGAGUUGGCCAGGAAGGAACAAUUUUGCAGCAAUGGGUUUGCUUUGUCUUUGCUUUACAAUUACCGUGUCUUAUGUUUAAUUGGGUAUUGGUUUGUGGUAUGUAUCUGCGAUAGGUAAUAAGAAAAACGGAUGAUUUGUUUGUCUUCCCUUUUCCUUGUCUGUCAUAUUGUUGCUGUUAUUGUGAAAGGAGUCUUCUGAGUCAUACUGUAAAAGCGCAAACUUAUAUAUUGUUUCUGUUCAGUCUAUAGCAGUUACUGAAUAAAUGUAAUAUAAUUCAGCAUUA